AUGGACGACAAGUCCUCCACUGCAUUGGUCAACUCACCAUACCUCCGCUCCCUCUUCGCAGGCGGCAUAGCAGGCACAACAGUAGACAUCUCCCUCUUCCCCCUCGACACCCUCAAAACCCGCCUCCAAUCCUCCGCCGGCUUCUGGGCCUCGGGUGGCUUCCGCGGUGUAUACAAUGGGAUUGGCUCCGCCGUAGUUGGAUCCGCUCCCGGCGCAGGUCUGUUCUUUGUCACGUACGAGACGACAAAGAAGUACUUCGCUUCGAACACAAGGGAUGGGUAUGGCGAAGCGGGAUUGCAUAUGGCGGCUGCAAGCUUGGGGGAGAUUGCGGCUUGUGCGGUGAGAGUGCCGACGGAGGUGAUUAAGCAGAGGGCACAGGCGAAGCAGCACCCUAGCUCUAUGGCGGCUUUGACGUCGAUAUUGAAUCUGAGGAAGACACAUGGGCUCACCACUGUUUGGAGGGAAUUGUAUAGAGGGUGGGGAAUCACAGUGCUAAGAGAAGUGCCGUUUACGAUUAUACAAUUCCCGCUGUGGGAGGGGUUGAAGAAGUGGUCGCUACAACAAAGAGAACCGCCCAGGCCGACGGAAGUCACUGCGGCGGAGAGUGGUAUCUAUGGUGCUAUUUCGGGAGCCAUCGCUGCGGGUCUUACAACACCUCUGGACGUGCUCAAGACGAGGAUGAUGCUGUCGACUGGCAGGCAGAAUGUCUUUGCUAUGACUGGGAAGAUAUGGAGGGAAGAGGGCGGUCGGGUGUUCUUCAGCGGUAUUGGACCCCGAACGAUGUGGAUUAGCAUUGGUGGAGCUGUCUUCCUGGGCAGCUACCAGUGGGCGACCAAUAUGCUCGGCGGACGAUAA